GACUCUCCUCAGAGAAGCACAAGCUCUCAUUCUAUCACGAUGGCUCCUUCCUACAUGACUUCUGCUGACUACUCAAAGCUUUCCAACAAGGAAAAACAUAAACUAAGAAAACCAGUGGUGGAAAAAAUGCGCCGUGACCGCAUCAACAACUGCAUCGAGCAGCUUAAAGUGAUGCUGGAGAAAGAAUUCCACCAACAAGACCCCAACACCAAGCUGGAGAAAGCUGACAUUCUGGAAAUGACUGUCGUCUUCCUGAAGCAGCAGCUGCAAAGCCAGAUCACAGCGCCUCAGAAAGCUCACUGUGACGGUUACACGCGGUGCUGGAGGGAGACCGUAAACUUCCUGUCUGCCAACUCCAAACUUGACGUGACACUUCAGCAUCUCAACCGCUGUCAAGAAGCCCAGAGAGAACAGAAAGAUCUCCCACUGUCUCCACGGUCCUCCCAGAUCCACCAGGCUCCGGUUAAGCACGAGAUCAGCGCAAAUAGAGCUGUGUGGAGACCUUGGUAGAGACACUGAGCACUGAGACUCUCUCAUGUUAACCAGAUGGUAGUUCCACCAUCUCUUAUGAUGUAGGAGAUUUGUAUUUCCACCUAUUUCCAUGAUGGAUUUUAAAAGAAACACUCUUCUCGUUGAGAAGUGCUUAAUGAGAAGGUUCUUCAUAUUGAAGACUGAUAAAAGCUAGACUUUAUAACUUUGUUUUCUAAAGUUAUUUUUCUUCUUUUUUUUACAGAAAGUCUGUAUGUCUUUACUAAUUCUGCUUAGACUAAGCAUUUUAACGAUGUGUUGAUUAUUUUACUGUAAUCCUUGUUUUUUUGCCUUUAAUAAAGGCAGUUGAGAAAUUGUAUGUUUUCUCAUCUAGGUACUUUAAUGCACAAAAGUUAAUAGUUGACACUAUGUGUUUGGUGUUGUUUCGCAAUAAAAGCACCUGAUUUAUAUAAAA